CCUGACUGAUGGGUGCGGGGCACUGGGAGCGACCCGUGUGUGGGAAAAUACCUCAGCCAAAGAGCUCGAGCAUUCACAUGCUAAUUCUGCCCUAUAAAUAAGAGCGGUGCACGGUGCGAAAGGCCUUACAGACCCUAGACUCAGCCGGGAGAGGAGAGCUAUACUCUAACUACACAACGAUACCGAGCGUAAAGGAGAGAUGACAGCCAGCACCAUGGCGCACAACGUGGGGAAACACUCGAGUGCCAAGGAGGAGAGAAAGCUGCGGAAGCCGCUCAUUGAGAGGAAAAGACGAGAGAGGAUUAAUAACUGCUUGGAUCAGCUGAAAGAAACGGUGGUCGGGGCGUUCAGUCUUGAUCAAUCGAAACUUGAAAAGGCGGACAUUCUAGAGAUGACAGUGAAACACCUGCAGAAUGUUCAGACUCAUAAAUUCAGUGACCCCACCUUAGGCCUGGAGGCACAGCAGAAGUACAGCACAGGCUACAUCCAGUGCAUGCACGAAGUCCACAACAUGCUGCUCAACUGCGAAUGGAUGGACAAAACGCUGGGCUCCCGCCUGCUCAACCACCUGCUCAAAUCCCUGCCCCGCUCCAGUGAAGAGCGCCCCUCUCAGGCCAACCCCAAUCUCAGGUCCAACGCCCACCCACCCAGCCAGGGGCCAGGAUCCCCCACUACACCACUCAGAGAGGACCCCAGGUCUGGAAGGCAGGGCCAGAGGGAGGGGCCCCUGUGCCACGUGGUGGGGCCCCAGGACAAGCCCCUGCUCCUGCCCGGGAGCCCCCACCUCCUCAGCCCCCACCUGGGCAUGCUGGAGAUGUGGAGGCCCUGGUAAACUGUACCGGCCCUCUGGGUGUGCGCUGGAUCUCUAUGUUAGACCCUCCUCUGUUAUGUAUCUUAUAGAUAUGCUACUCAGAAGACAUUGUGUUGGAUUGUGGGGCGGUUGUGUUUCUGAUCUAGGUGUGCUAUAUAUACAGACCUUUCAGUACUUCCACUCCGAAGUCUACUUUCCGUAGCCUGCAUUGUAGAAGGCGCUUAUUAAUCUUUUUCUUAUAUUUAUUGUAUUAACGUCUUUAUUUAUUGAAUAAUAAGAUAAACAUUUAGCUUCUUAGCUCUAGUCCAUCACAAAUAGCUUUUGUACUGCUCCCUUCUAUGUUGUAUAUAAUUAACCAAUAUUAAUAAAAAUGUGUAUGCAAUU